CCCGCAAACUAUGGCGUCGGCUGAAUUGUGUGUGACAAAAGUAUUUCUAAAAUAUUGAUAACUUUCAAACGUAAAUAUCAAUUACUUCAAAUGGUCUAGAUGUUUAGUGUUAUAUUUCCUGGAAAUUAUAAAUAAAUAAAAAUAAUAAAAAUGAAUAAAAGACGAAGAACAUCAUCAGUUGCAAGUCGUGGUACUGAGGAUGAUCCAGAAGAAAUACAACCAGAACCAGCAAAACGUAGAAAAAAAUUAGAUCCAAGUGAUUUAUGUCAACAAUUAUAUGACAUAAUACGUAAUCAAAAAAAAGAAGAUGGUAGUUUAUUGUGUGAUGCAUUUAUACGUGUACCAAAACGUAGACAAGAACCAGGUUAUUAUGAAGUUGUUACAAAUCCAAUUGAUCUUUUAAAAGUACAACAAAAACUUAAAACUGAUGAAUAUCGUGAUAUGGAAGAUUUAUCAGCAGAUAUACAAUUAAUGAUAAAUAAUGCAAAAGCAUUUUAUAUGCGUACAUCACCAGAGUAUAAAGAUGCAAGUGAUUUAUGGGAUUUAUGUGUUACAACUAAAAAUCGUAUUAUGGAUGAAUAUGAAGAUUGUGAAACAAAAGGUAAACUAAUAUUAAAAGUUGGUAGAAUGUCAAGAAAAUCAACAAUAAGACAAGAUGAAUAUAAUGAAGAUACAUCAGAAGGUUCAACAAAUCCAGAUGAAGAAUUAAUGCAACCAUAUGAAGAUUUAUUUAUGGCUGUUAUGACAGCAACUGAUCCAAUUGAUAAUAAUCGUCCAUUACAUAUUGUAUUUCAAUUAAAACCAUCUAAAAAAUUAUAUCCAGAAUAUUAUGAAGUCAUUGAAACACCAAUUGAUCUUAAAACAAUUGCACGUAAAAUACAAGAUGGUAGUUAUAAUUAUUUAAAUGAAAUGGAACGUGAUUUAAUGUUAAUGUGUCGUAAUGCAUGUCAUUUUAAUGAACCUGGUUCGCAAAUAUAUAAAGAUGCUAAAUUAUUAAAAAAAAUUAUAACAGCAGCAGCUAAAAAACAAGAUUGUGGUAGUGGUGCAUUUACUAAAUCAUUAAAUGCUGCACAAUCAACAAGAAGUAAACGUGGACGUAGUGCACAAUUAUUAAUAGCACAAACAUCAACAUUACCAGAUGAAGAUGAAGAAAGUGAUGAUGAAGAUUAUGAAAUUGCUGAAGUUGAAGAAAAUGAUAAUUUACAAUGGCAACUAUUUCAAACAAUAAGAACAGCACCAAAUAGUCAAGGUAUUAGAAUGAGUGAAUUUUUUUGGAAAUUACCUUCAAAAAGAAAUUAUCCAGAUUAUUAUAAAACAAUUAAAUAUCCAAUAUCUUUAUUACAAAUAAGAUCAAAAAUAAAAAAAGGUGAAUAUGGUACUAUUAGUGAAGUUGCUGGUGACAUGAAUGUUAUGUUUGAAAAUGCUAAAAAAUAUAAUGUACAUACAUCAAGAUUAUACAAGUGUGCAGUUAAAUUACAAAAAAUAAUGCAAGAAAAAGUACAAGAAUUAUUAGAAUUUGAUCAAGAUUCAGAUUCUGAUUGUGAAUCAACAGAAAGUAGUUCACAACAACCAAAAUUAAUAAAACGUGCAUCAAAUGUAUUGACACGUGGUAAAUACAAUGAUAAUAUACCAUUAAAAAAACGUUUAUAUGCACUUGUUAAAUGUGUUACUGAAUAUGUUUGUGAAGAUGGUCGUCAGCCAAUGUUAUUAUUUAUGGAAAAACCAUCAAAAAAAAUAUAUCCAGAUUAUUAUCAAGUAAUAACUGAACCAAUUGACAUGCUUGGUAUUGAAGCAAAUAUAAGAGCUGAAAAAUAUCAAUCAGAAAAUGAAUUAAUACGUGAUUUUAAAUUAAUGUUUAAUAAUUGUCGUCAAUAUAAUGAAGAGGCAUCAUUAAUAUAUGAAGAUGCAAAUACAUUGGAACGUGUAUUAAUGGAUAAAGUUAAAGAACUUGGUCCAUUACCAGAUAAUAAUAUUAUUAAUAAUAAUAAUAGUAAUAGUAGUAGUAGUAAUAUUAUUAAAAAAGUGAUACCAGCUGUAUCAUCAACACCAGUUAAAAUUGGUAGACCAAAAAAAAUAGUACCAUUACAUGUACAAAAAUGUCGUACAAUGUAUGAUACAAUAAAAGAUUAUCAUGAUUCAAAAGGACGUCAAUUAUCACAAAUAUUUAUGAAAUUACCAAAUAAAAAUGAAUAUCCAGAUUAUUAUGAAGUUAUAAAACAUCCAAUGAAUAUGGAAAAAAUAGCAGCAUCAUUAAAAAAUAGUUUAUAUGAUAGUAUUGAUGAUCUUGUAUCAGAUUUUAUAUUAAUGUUUGAUAAUGCAUGUAAAUAUAAUGAGCCAGAUUCACAAAUAUAUAAAGAUGCCUUAAUAUUACAACGACUUGUAUUACAAACAAAAUUACAAUUAAGUGAAGAUGAAGAAAGUGUACCUGAUGUUGCUGCUGCUGUACAAGAAAUAAUAGCAACAAUAUUUACAGCAUUAUAUAAUCAUCAGGAUGAAGAAGGACGUUGUUAUUCUGAUUCAAUGGCUGAAUUACCAGAACAUGAUAUUAUUGAUGGUAAAAAAAUACGUGGUUUAUCACUUGAUUUAAUAAAACGUAGACUUGAUAGAGGUAUAUAUAAACGUCUUGAUAGAUUUCAAGAAGAUAUAUUUUCAUGUUUUGAAAGAGCUAGAAAAUUAUCACGUACUGAUUCACAACCAUUUGAAGAUUCAAUUGAAUUACAAGCAUUUUAUAUACGUACACGUGAUGAAGUUACAAGAAGUGGUGAUUUAUUACAUUCAUCAGCAUUAAAUUAUUCACUUCAUGAUUUAUCAACACAAGUUAUUGAUGUUAAACGUACUAAAAUACAACAAGAAUCAUGUUUACCAUCUGAGGAAGAAAGUUGUGAUGGUAAUGAAAUAAAAAUUGAAAAUAAUGAUUCAACAAAAUUAACAAUGACAACAACAACAACAACAACUCCCAUAACAACAACAACAAUUACAACAACAACAAGUAGUAAUAUUGAAAAUGGUAAUACAAUGAGUUUUAAUCAAGAAUUAUAUCGUGCUGGUGAUUUUAUAUAUGUUGAACCAUCAGAACGUGGUAUGGAUCAAAGUGUUGUAUUAAUUGAACGUUUAUGGACAAAUUCAGAAGGACAACAAACAUUAUAUGGUAAUGUAUUUUUUCGUCCAAGUGAAACUUAUCAUAUACAAUCACGUAAAUUUCUUGAUAAAGAAUUAUUUAAAAGUGAUACACAUAUUGCAUUACCAUUAUCUAAAAUUGCUGGACGUUGUUGUGUAUUAAGUGUUAAAGAUUAUUUUCGUAUGAUACCAUAUGGUUUUAAUGAAAAAGAUGUAUAUGUUUGUGAAUCACGUUAUUCAACACGUGCAAGAUCAUUUAAAAAAAUAAAAGCAUGGAAUUUUGAACAAGAACAUAUUAAAUUAAUACCACGUGAUAAAAUAAUUGAACCAAAACGUGUUAUAUCUGUUUAUAAAGAACGUUUAGAAAAACAUAAAGAAGAAAUUGCUGAACUUGAAGAAUGUGAAAAGUUAAUUGAUAAAGAAAAACCAAAUAUAAUAUUAUUUAAUGUUGAUGAUACAGAUAAUACAUAUUUUGAACAAUAUAAUACAUGUGCUGGUUUAGUUAAAACUGGUGAUUUUGUAUAUGUUGCAACUGAUGGUGGUAAACAACAAAUUGCACAAAUUGAUACAAUAUGGUCAACAAAAGAUGGUAAAUGUUAUUUUCGUGGUCCAUGGCUAUUAACACCAUCUGAAAUAUUACAUUUACCAACAAAAUUAUUUUAUAAACAAGAAUUAUUUUUAUCAAUUAUUGAAUGUGAACAUCCAAUUGUUGCUAUUGUUGGUAAAUUAGCUGUACUUGAUUAUGGUGAAUAUAUAUGUUGUCGUCCAACUGAAAUACCAGAAGAUGAUAUAUUUAUUUGUGAAUCAAUGUAUGAUGAAAUUAAAAAUAUCGUUAAAAAAUUAGGUAUUGAAGGAUUAAAAAAAUAUAAUCAUACAUCACAAGUUACUGAGGAUGAAAUAUAUUUUUUUAGAAGACCAAUUAAUCCAGCAAAAGUAUCAAGCGAUGUUGCACAGGCACAAGUAUCACUCAAGAAUAUCGUAUCCAGUACAGCUCAUUUUGAAAUGGAGGCAUCACCGUUGCUACCAAAACUGGAGCCAGAAGUGCUGGGAAUGGGAACAGUGUUAGGCGUUGGGGAAGACAGUAUGGACACUGGUGGUCCACCAUCUGUUGGAUCCACUGAAGCCCAGCCAAUUCUUACCAAUACCCAAACACCCGUAUCAUCUAAAAAGAAAUCGUCGGGUAAGAAAUUAGUUACGGGAUAUAUUUUGUAUUCAAGUAAAAUGCGAACUCAGACUACACAAAAUAAUCCUGAUUCUUCAUUUGGUGAAAUUAGCAGAAUUGUUGGUAACGAGUGGAGAAAAUUGCCAGCUGGUGAAAAACAAGUUUGGGAACAUCGUGCAGUAAAAAUAAAUGAAGCAAAUAGUGGUGAUGCAUCAAAUGGUUCAUCUGGUAUAAAUGAUCGUGCACCAAUUGAUCAAGUAUAUGAAUGUUGUUGGGAAAAUUGUGAUUGGCAAUUUGAAGAUGCAACUGAUUGUAUUGAUCAUUGUAUUGCUGAAGCAACUGGACAUGUACAGUCAACAUUUAUCAAUGCUGCACCAGAUGUUGAAUUCCAGUGUAUCUGGAGAGGCUGUGGAAGAAUGAAAAAAAAUGUUGCACCAUUUCCAAGUUUACAAAGGCUUGCAAGACAUGUCAAAGAAGUACAUAUUCACAAAGGUAAUGGAAGAAUAAUACCUCCAAAUGAAAGAAGCAAAAAUUAUAUGGCAUCAAAAGGUCCAACGAUAUUGCCUCCAAUGGAAUCAGCAAUUGCAACUCAAACAAAUAUUAAUAAUAUACCAGCAGCUGCACAACCAGAGCCAUUAUUUGUAGCAGUACCACCUCGUCCAAGUAGAGUUCUUCAUUCCGAUGCUUACUUGAGGUAUAUUGAAGGAUUAAAUGUUGAAAAUCGUUACAUAUCUAAUUGGGAUAAACAAAUGAAUGCAACAACUGAAAAUACAACAAUUCCUGAUAUGACAAAGCUACCAGUUGAAUGGCUUGGUAAUGGUGUUGGUAAUCAUGGUAAUGUUGUUAAUGCCUUGUGGACACUUAGAAACAUGAUGAUGCGUGAUGUGUUAGCCAUCAACAAAACUCUAUAGUUUAUCAAUCGUUAUAAGAUCUAUACUUUCAUAUUUUAUAAUACACUCGAUAUUAAAAAAAAAAAAAAAAAGAAAAAGAUACUAAAUGAAUUUAAAAAAUAUAAAAUUAUUAAAAAUUAAUAUUUAAAUGAUUAAUAUUCACGGGGUGCUGAGUGCUAAACAACGACAAAAGACUGACAUUUGGUUUGUUCAAUUUAAAACGAAAAACAAUCUUCCUCAUUUUGUACGAUAAUAGUAAUAGUAAAAUUAAGAAUUAAAAGAAGAAAAAAAAAAAACAACAGCCUCGUGAAUUAACAGAAAAAUAUAUGUUGUUUUUUUUUUUUUUUUAAAUUGAUUUCUUUUUUGCGUGAAAAUCGACAGAUUUUUGUAUUUUUCUUUUUUUUUUUUUUUUGAAGAAAAAACUGUGUGUCUUCAUAUAAAAAAUAUUUAAUGUCAUUGUUUAUUAUAUUAUCAUGGUAAUUUUCAAAAAAUUUACGAUGAUUUAUUAUUUCAAAUAUCAAGUAAUAUUGUAUGCCAAAUUAAUUAUGAAUUAUUCCUUCAUAACUAUGCACAGUGAUUGAUUGUUUAUUCAAUA